AUGAUAGGAGGCACCCUCACCGAGCCUAGAUCAGGGGCUGUAGAUACACCUGAAACCCCACACGCGGUUAGCGAGGGCAAAGCUGUGCUGCUGGCUGAGGCUUGGGGCGCCCCACUCAGCAGCAGCAACAGCAACAGCAGCAGUAGUGACAGCAGCAGAAGCAGCAGCUUGGCGCCGUCUCAGAGAGCAGGUGGGAUCGUGUUGGGAUCGUGUUUUGAGGGAGAAGAUACACCUAGACAGCGGCAUGUAGACCCCACAAAAGAGGGCCUGCAUGCAGCAGAAGAGCUGUGGGGCUUUUUAGAAGACAGCAGCAGCAGCAGCAGCUCUAAAUGUCCCUCUUCAUGUUUACCUCCUGUCUCCUCUUUGUCUCCUCCUCUAAGAAAAGACAUAGUAGAACCAUCAAGUCCUCAAGAAAGAGAAAAGGAAACAGAAGAAGGACCUACUGCAGCGAACAAUAGAGACAUAAAAAAGUCUUCGCAAGAAAAGAAAGACAAUGACAGAGGAAGCAGCAGCAAUCGAUGCAUGGGAGACACAAAGGAGACAGGAGAUACCUCCUACCCUUGCUGCACCAGCAGGAGCAGCAAGAGCAGCAGCAGAAGCAGCAGCAGAAGCAGCAGCAGAAGCAGAAACUCCAAUCAACAACUUUCUAACACACAUGAAGCCUUUAGAGAGACAUGUACCCCCCUGCAGCAGCAGCAGCAGCAGCAGGAACAGGUGUUGCUAAACAGCACACGUCAAAAGCAAGAACGCCACAAGAUGGUGCAUCCGCUGCUGCAGCAGUUGCUGCAGGAUGAAAAGAAGCAGCAGCAGCUACAGCAGCAUGAGGAAUCGCCAAUCAAAGGAAUGAACCAGCUGCAGCAACAGCAGCAAGAGAAGCAGCAACUGCUGUGUGAAAAACAGCAGCAGAAACAACAGCAAACACACAAACAAGAAAAGGAGCAGCAAAAACAGCCGCAAGAGCAGCAGCAACAACAAUAUACACAGGGGGUGACGCAAAGCCUCAAGUUUGGGGAAACGCAGCAGCAGCAGCAGCAGCAAGGUGUGACAGCCAAGGAGCAACAACACACUGGGGCCAAGAAUCCCAUUCAGCAGCAACAACAAGAUGUGACAGCGAGAUUGAAGGAGCAACACACGGCCCAGCAACCGACGAAGCAGCAGCAGCAACAACAACAACAGCAGCAGCAGCAUAUGGAACAGCUUCAGCAAGUGUCCCAAGAGCAGCAGCUGAAACAACAGCAACAGCAGCAACAGCAGCAAAACCAGCAGCAGCAGCAACAGCAACAGCAAGAGCAACAACACCAUCAGCAACAGCAGCUACAGCAGUUACAGCACCAGCAGCAACAGCAGCAACUGGAACAACAGCAGCAGGAACAGUAUCAACGGAAAUUGCAGGAAAUGAGGCAGCAGGAGAGCCAGAUCCAGCAUCAGCAGAAACAAGAUGAACAGCCGCAGGAGGAGCAGCAGCAACAUCCUCAGCAACUGCAGCUACAGCAACAACUUCAGCAGCGACCACAACACAAACUGUCUUGGGAACCACAAAUUCGCGGGCAAAUAAAAAGUCAGACAGAAACGCAACAACACCACCAGCAACAGCAGCAGCAGCAACAGCAACAGCCGCAACAGCAACAGCAGCAACAGCAGAAACAGCCCCAACAGCAGCUACAGCAGCUACAGCAGCUACAGCAACACCAUGCGCUACAACAGCAACAGCAGCUACAGCAAAAGCAGCUACAGCAAAAGCAGCAAGAGCCGCAGGAACAGCAGCAGCAGCACCAGCAACAGCAACAGCAACAACAGCAACAGCAACUGCAGCAACAGCAACUGCAGCAACAGCAACAGCUACAGCUACAGCUACAGCUACAGCAGCAGGAACAGCAACAGCAGCAGCUACACCAACGGCAGAAACUGCAGCCUCAAAAUAAAAUUGCGCAGACGCGACUGUGUGAGCAGGCACAGCAGAAAGAGGGGCAGCAGAAGCCUGAGCAGCAGCAACAGCAAGAGCAGGACGAGGAACGGCUAGAGUACCAGAAGCCUCAGCAGCCGCAGCAGCAGCAGCAGCAACAGCAGCUUCUGCAGAACACACAUCUGGAGGAGGAGGCGGAGCAGCAGCAGCAACAAUAUUUACACCAGAAAGAGCAUCCUCUGCAGCAGCAGCAGCAGCAUAUACAACACCAACAGAAUCCCGCACACCACCAGCAGCACCUGCACCAACAUCUGCAGCAGCAGCAGCAGCAGCAGCAGCAGUAUUCACCCUCUGCUUUGGUAGAGGGGCGUUGGUGUGGGGUGUCUCCUGGUGAGUUAAGCGGCCUUCAGAGUCUGUCAGGAGACAGUGUCUCUCCAGGGAGUUUGCUGCUGCAGGAGGGGGAAGUUGUGGGGACAUUUAGUCCCCUUAACCUGUUGCCGUCAACUCCUUUGCCGCAGGUCCGCAACAACAGCAGCAACAGCAAGCCACGAGGAGAGCAGCAGCAAAAGGAGACGCUGCUGCAUCUCCUGGCGCCCGCUGCUGUCGAAUGCCUCCCGGGGGCAGAGUCACAGAUAGCUCCCCUGCAGCUGUGGGGUACGGGGAUCGUCUCCGGGGAUCGUUCGGGAUUCGUCUCCGGGGAUCGUUCGGGGAUCGUCUCCGGGGAUUGUCCAGGGAUCGUCUCCUGGGAUCGCCGUGGGAUGAUGGGGGAUCGUCCUGGGAUCGUCGCGUGGGAUCGUCCUGGGAUCGUCUCCGGGGACGUAUUGCAGGAAGAAGGAGAAUUGCCGAGCCCUGGGCAUGCAGCACAGCGUGCUGCUACCUUUGCCUUGAUUGCUAGGAUGGCAGCAGAGAAGGCAACGGAUAUGGAGGAAGGAGAAGCUGAUGUUUCUCUCCAUUAUAGUGGUGGGGGGCCCCUAGUGUCUCCUUCAGGGGCCCCACACACAAUGCCCAGUCUUGCCUCCGAUGCCUCUCGCUGUCUCCAGCUCUUCCUCGAUGCCCACAAAGACCUAGGCUGCAGCAUCAGCAGCAACAGCAACAACGACGUCAAUAGCGGCUUAAUCACUGCAUCAGCAGGCAAUGGAGCUGCAGCAGCAGCAACAGAAACACCGGCAAAUGCAACAGCGGCGGCUGCAGCAGCAGGUUCUUCCCGCGCAGCAUUGUCGCUUCCCGGUGGCAGCAGCAGCACAAGCAGUAGCACCAGCAGCAGCAUUCACACUGAGAAGAGCCAGAUGGAGAGAGCAGCAGCAAAAGUUGCUGCUCGCUAUUUCUCUACUUGCGCCAUUCAAGCAGCAGGAUUGGCUGUUGCAGGUUGCAUGCAGUCGCUGCCUGGGUAUGCUGCGCUGCUGCAGCAUACGCAGCUGGGGAAGCAAAUGCAGCAGUGGCUGCCUCAACAAGCAGCAACGGCAGCAGCAGAAGUAGCAGAACCCUCCCUCUUGUCCGAUAGCUUUAGAAGAUCCUGCAGCAGCAAACAGCAAACACACAGCGACAUAGAAGGCGAUAGUCUCUUGCUGCAGCAUCUGCAGGAACAACAGAUACCCCAAGGACAACAAACGCAUAAGCAGCAACAUGCUGCUGGAGCAGCAGCAAUAGCAGCAGUUGCAAGGGAUGAAACGAUGGAAGGAGAGUCCACGGAUACCGCCAUAGGGCAGCUCCAGCAGCAGCAGCAGCAGCAGCAGCAGCAGGACGCGCACAUGGUGGAAGCAUUAGCUGCUCAGGCCCACGAGCUGCUGCAGCAGCAGUUAAUGACCGAGGAGUUGCAGCGGCAGGCGCAGCAACAGAAGCAGCUGGCUCAGCGGGAGCUGCAGCACGCUCAGCAGCAGCAGCACGAAGCGCAGAAACUGCUCGCUAUUGUAUGCCGCAAAGAAGAAAGCCUCUGUCAGCAGCGGGAGCAGCUGCACAUGCAACAAGAGAUGCAGCGGCGGUUACAGGAGGAGCUGCAGAUACGCGAGGCUCAUCAGCGGCAUCGCGAAGUGCUGCAGCAGCAGCUGCAGCAGCAGCACCAGCAACAGCAACAGCAGCAACAGAGGCGGCACCAACAAGAGCGGCAGCAGCUGCAACAUGAAGAAAAGAUGGUGCAGAUGAGGCAGCAACUGCUAGAACAGCAGCUUCUGCGACAGCAACAGGUGGUAGCGGAAUUUGAAAGCCAAGCAGCGGAGCAACAGCGGCAGCGGGAGCUGUUGCAGCAGCAGCAGCAGCUGUUGCAACAGCAGCAACAGAUGCUACAGCAGCAACUUGAGGACCUCAAACUCCGCGGCCAGCAGCAGCAACAAAAAGAGGAACAGUUGCAACAGCGCCACAAACAGCUGCAGCAGCUCGAAGAGCAAAUUAGCCUUCGCGAGAGAAGCGUGCAGGAGCAGCAGGAAAAGCAGCGGGAGAAGGAGCAGGAGUUGCAGCAGCAGCAAAUGCAGCAGCAGCAGACAGCGGAUCAGCUGAUGCAGCAAACGCAGAGACUAAAAGAGAUGGAAAGAGAAUUGGAUGAGCAGAAGGCAAAAGCAGCAGCAGAAGCAGCAGCAGCCGCAGCAGCUACAGCAACCGCAACAGAACUGGCUUCUGUCUCUACAGCAAGAUUGGCUGCAUGCGAUGGAUCUGCUCCCAUAUUUUCCUUUUUAGCUGCUCAUGGGUUAAAGGGUGAGGACACACUCCAUGAGCUGCAUCAGCUAGAGCAGCAGCUAGUGUCUCUUUGCCUUAGUUACCUAACGCAGCAGAGGAGACACCUGGCACUCUUAAGGAAGCCCUUGGAGGCAGAGGGACAGCUCCUCAGAUUGGCAGCAGCUGGAAAUCCACCGGUAAAACAGGCAGCAGCAACAACAGCAACAACAGCAGCAGCACCAGCAAGUGUUGCUGCUGCUCUCCCUGGAGGGAGCAGCAAUCAUCCAGCUAGUGACAGCCAGCGCUGUCACGUGGCUAUGAAGCUCAAGGCAUGGAACGCGACGGCGAGGUCUGUCCGUCUCGCCCUCUCCGCCUUCACUCUUCGAGCCAAAUACCUCGCAAGCCAUGUACCAACUAGGGGCCCCCCGGCAAGGGGGCCCCUUGGUACCCCCUUGCCAGAUGGUCUCGCGGGGUCCUCCUUUGGGGCUUCUGGAGGGGCCCCUUUAGACACCUCUGAAGGGAGCUUUUCGGGAACUCUGUUUGCUGCUGCUGCAGCCCGUCCGCAGCAGCAACAACAACAACAGCAACAGCAACAACAACAACACAGCCAGCCGAGCCACUGCAGCACCAUUCUCCCCCCAACUGCUGCAGAGUUCUCAAGUACGGUUCUGCAUACUAGCAACAGCGAGAACUGCGCUGCAGCAGAAGCUGGAGCCGCAGCACCAGCUGCAGCAGCUGCUGCAGCAGGAGCGCCGGCGCCUGGUGCAGCAGCAGGCGCCACAGCAGGAGGAACUAUCCAGCCUGCUUGGGAGGGCCAUGUGCUUCUCCAGCAUACAGCUGCCUCCCCAGCGGCAGAAUUGCUGAAGCAGCAGCAGCACCUGCAGCAGAAGCUGCAGCAGCAACUGCAGCAGCUCCAGCAGCAGCAACAGAGGCUGCCCGCACCAGCACUGGCACCUUCAUCGGGGCCCCCUUCAACAGCAGAGGGGCCCCCCGAGCGUCUUUGCUCGGGGUCAUCUGAAGUGCUGCAGCGGCUGCAGUCAGGUAUGCAGAUUUCCGAUUUAUCUGUGAUGGGCUUUACGGGGACCCCCGUGAACCCUUGGAAUGCUGCAUGCGACAGCAAAGGGGCCCCAGGAGGUUCCUCGUGUCUUCCCUCUGUGGCGCCUGCCUGCAACAGCAAUCCCCCUGAUUGUACUACUCAACCUCCAGCAAACGAGCAGCACGCAGCAGCUCUUGCUGCUGCAGCUGCGGUAGCGGCAGCGGCUGCAGCUCCCAUUAAGGUGUUGCAGAGAAGAAGGGGCAUGUCAGUUGUCCCCCAAACCGACACUGCAGCACCAACAUAUGCAACAGGGGCAACAAGUACAGCUGCAGCAGAAAGGGGAUGGGGGACACCGAGGAUGCACCAGCUGCAGCGUCGGCAGCAACUCGCUCCCCUCCCGCCCUCUAGGGGCCUCAUCUACACCAGCUAG